GAGCGAGCGAGAGGAACGGGGAGGGGGGAGGAGGAGGGAAAAGCCGGGUGCGGCGCAUGCGCGGUGCGCUGCCCCAGGCCUGCCGCGGCCGCAGUCACUUCCUGCCCUUGCGCCCAUCCGGCUCCGGGGUCGCGUCGCGGGCCGCUUGGGCGGGACAGGCGACGGCAAGUUUUAGUCGGGACGCAGCGACAGCGCUCCCCUUCCCCCCUCCACCCCGGCGGAGGUAGGGUCUCUGCGUGUGCCUUCGUGGAGACUCGCUUGGCGCUCGCUGUCACCUGCUGCUGCUGCCGCCGCCGCCGCCCGGAGAACCAAAACAGGCAGAGCGAGCGGCUUCUUUUUCUUUCCCCUCCCGCGCGCGUCCUGCCGGCCGGUGGGGACAGUCACAGACAGGGAGAGCGGGCUGCUCGGUGGGGUCACCCUCCUCCUUCCCCCUCUCCUCAGCCCGCCAUCAAGACUCGCUGGUUGGGCUGGUGGCCGCCCCGUCCAACAGGAGCCUCCCAGAAAUGAGCUACUAAAUGUAGAAGGAAACAGGUCGUUGUAAAAAAUGCCUCUAAGGGACAAGUGCUGUCAGACUGACCACCAUCACCAUGGAUGCUGUGAACCAGUACAUGUGCUGGAGCCUGGAGAUCCUCCUUUAUUGCAGCAACCUCUUCAAACAUCAAAAUCUGGCAUUCAACAAAUUAUUGAAUGUUUUCGAUCAGGAACUAAACAACUUAAACAUAUUUUGCUGAAAGAUGUGGAUACCAUUUUUGAAUGUAAAUUGUGCCGAAGUCUCUUCAGAGGACUACCAAAUUUAAUAACUCAUAAAAAGUUCUAUUGUCCUCCAAGUCUCCGGAUGGAUGACAACUCGCCUGAUGUAAAUGAUAAACAAAGUCAAGCCAUAAGUGAUCUCUUGGAGGCUAUGUAUCCUAGAGUGGACAAGCAAGAUUAUAUAAUCCGUUUGGAACCUAUAGAAACAAACCAGAAUGCUGUGUUUCAAUAUGUGUCAAAGGCUGAUAGCUCAGUUGAGAACAUUGAGAUGAAUGUUGUUGCUGAACCAGCUCCUGUAGAAACACCAGAACCUAUUACAGAACCUCCUAAAGCAGUUCCUAGUCCUUCACAAGCAGAAACUGUAGAGAUUCCUCUUGCUGUUACUAACAAGGUAAUAUUGACUCCAGAAGAACCGACUCCAUCCUCAAAGCCUGAAUUGGAAUACAAUCAUUCCGAUUCUGGUCAUCAAUUAAUUUGUUGUCUCUGUAAAAAAGAAUUUCAUUCCAGACGCAGUGUACGCCGACAUAUUAGAAAAGUACACAAAAAAAAGAUGGAAGAACUGAAGAAAUUUAUUGAAAUUAAAAAAAGGCCAAAUCAGACAUCUGGAAGGGGCCGCAAUAAGAACAUUCUUGUAACAUUGGGUAGGAGUUGUCCUGUAUGCUUUAAAUCUUUUGCUACAAAAGCCAACGUAAGGAGGCAUUUUGAUGAAGUUCAUAGGGGACUGAGGAGGGAUUCCAUAACUCCUGAUAUAGCUACAAAGCCUGGGCAGCCUUUGUCCUUGGAAUCAGCUUCUGCUAAAAAAUCUCUUAAGACCCGAAAACAAAAGGCUUCAAAGGCCGAAUACAACUUAACUGCCUGUAAAUGCCUCUUGUGCAAGAGGAAACUGAGUUCCCAGGUAAUGCUGAAAAGGCAUAUGCAAAUUGUUCACAAGAUAACGCUUUCUACAAAAAAUAGUAAAAGAGAGAAAAAGCCUAAUAAUACAGUUAGCACAGAAGUGAAGGUUAAAAUUGAACCAACAGAAUCUGCAGAAUCUGUGCCUCCCAUCAGUUCUUCACAAAAUGAAUCGAAGGGAACAAAUCAUUCAAAUGAAAGAAAAAAUACAUCAUCUAUUGAGAGAAAGAACACAGUGUCCACUGAAAGAAAGAAUGCAUCAUCCACUGAAAGGAAAAGCAUGUCAUCUACUGAAAGAAAGAACACACCAUCUACAAAGAAAAACAAAGUUAAGCAGAGCACUGAAAAUUCUAAGUCAAGUAAUCAGGCUAUUGCAGGUGGUCCCAAAAAGACCAGGAAGCCAAGACUUUCAGCUGGCUUUGAUUUUAAAAAGCUUUACUGCAAACUCUGUAAACGUCAAUUUACUUCUAAACAAAACUUAACAAAACACAUUGAGUUGCACACAGAUGGAAAUAACAUAUAUGUUAAAUUCUACAGGUGUCCUCUCUGCACUUACGAAACACGGCGGAAGCGUGAUGUCAUAAGACACAUAACUGUAGUACAUAAAAAGUCUUCGCGUUACCUUGGUAAGAUAACUGCAAGUUUAGAAAUCAGAGCAAUAAAAAAACCCAUUGACUGUGUUUUAAAUAAGGUGACAAAAAGGGGCCCUCAGAGGGAUGAAAGUAAACAAAAUGGUUCAAAACAGGAUGUCACUACUAACUCACCAAGCAAAAAGUAUGAAGGAGCUGAUGUUGGCAUUGAAGUACAAGUCACAAAAAAAUUUUCUCUGCACAGAUGCAAUAAAUGUGGGAAAGCAUUUGCUAAAAAGACUUUCCUAGAACAUCAUAAGAAGACUCAUAAGGCAAACGUAUCACAUUCACCUGAAGAAAACAAUAAAACCAAAGGCAGAAGUACAAGAUCUAAAGCUCUUGUCUGGUGAGGAACAACUAGUGCCUUUCUCAAUGUUUGCCUACAUUUUUCAUUGGUACUUCUAGCUCAAACACACCUUUCUUCAUAGAUCUAUGCUGUAGAAGAUAAAAGAAUAUUGCAUUUAUUCUCUUCAGCCAAUUUUUAUAGCAUAAAACAGAGUUUGAUUUCUGAAUCUGUCUUCGUUCAAGACAAUGAACUUAGUACAGUUUAAACUGUACAUGGUUUGUUCCUCGAACUUUAAUAUUCUGUAACAAGUUCUUUUUGGCAUAAUGUGUAGCAGUAGGUGCCAUAGUUCCAAAUGUUUUUAAAAUUAACUUUGCACUUCAUUGGUACUGACCAGCUAGAGGAAAGCCUUGAUGGGCUUGAUAUGGCCUGUGAGUGCUGUGUUAUCUAACUGUGGUUUAGCCUGUUAGCAAAUGUUUUUGGCAUGUAGAGUUUUCACAUAAAUGCUAAUACAAUUACAAUGAUUAUAAAAUUAUGGUAUAUAACUCUAUAGCUAUAUUAAGCUAUAGCUUAGAGUUAACACUUCUGCAUUAAGAUGCCCUUUGACACAAGAUGCCAGUUCCUUUUAGAGAAAAAAAAAUCCUGUUUUCCUGGGUUAGAUUUUUUGGCAUCUGGUCCUUUAUACAUGAGAGUUUUAACCAUAAUGUUUGUUUCCAUAUACCCUGUUUAAAAUUGUGGGGAGGGGAUUAGAUAUUCUACAGUUCCAUUUAUUCUAUGGAAAUUGACUUGUUUGAACAGAAAUAUUUGGCAACCAUCAGUCAAGAAGAGAAUAAUUUUUUAAAUUACUACUAUAUACAAAAGAUUCUUAAUCUCUAAUAAAUGUUUAUUAAGAGUAUAUCUACAUUGAUAAUUGAGACCCAAAGUUCCUGUUAGGUGAAGGUAGCUUCCCAGAGUUAAACCACUUGUGGAUUCUGGUUUUAAUGUGAAAAGAUUAUAUGUAGACAAGCUUCCAGGUGUUUGGAAGCUGCCCUCAGGUUGCUAGAGGGGAGUUGGUGGAAUGUUGUCUUUUGUUUUAAGGCUACAUAAUAAAGAGAUGGGUUAUUAUUACCAAACCCGCAAUCAGUUUAUUGGAAAGAGAAAAAAUUCUUUUGGAUUUUUGUGUGGAAAGCUUUCAUGCUGUCUACAAAUAAAACCCCAUUUUUAAGUUGACUAAAGGUUUUAUUGGUAUUUGUACUUCUCCUUAACAUCAGAUGAUGUGGUAAAAUUUGGAAUUCAAACCACUAUUGUCUUGAAAUAGUGCUAUGAGAGGAAAUAUUUUUAUAAGCUAUUUUCUUACUAAAUGUAUUGAUUGUUCAUAAAAGGUAACGUCUUGUCUGACUUUUCCAACAACAAUUAAACUGCAUUAAAAAUAACACUUUGAAUUAAAAGCCAGCUUUCUUAGUUCAUGUGUUCAGUAGUGCUGGUAACAGGAAAUGAAUGUUUUAAAAAGGAAAUUUUGCAAACACUUUUCAAAGACCUUUUUUUUUUUUUAAAGGAAAUUGGAGCAUGCGUUCCACAGACUUGGCCCCUACUUAAUCCUAAUUUUGCUGAACAGAUUUUCAUAGUGAUAUACUACUAAGUAAACACUUGCUGUGUGAUGUACUUUAAAAUAUUUUUUUACAGAUGAAUGUAUAUGAGCAGUUUCUUAGUAUAAUUUGAAUGAAUUGUAAAUUGAAUUGUAAUAAUUCUAGCAUUUGUGCUAAUUUCAAUUCACAUUUGAAUAAUUUUUGGGAGUAUUAAGUUUGACUGUACUGAACUUGCUGCAAAAAUCCAUAGUAAUUUUGCAUGGUUAGCAUAUUGGACAGUCUUUCAUAUGGAAGUUUACAAGCAAUUCACAUUCCCCUAUUUUAAUUGUUUUUUAAAAAAUUAUACACAAGCACUUUAAUAGAUGCAGUUUAAAAUUUUAGUUAUUUUUUUAAAAGACAGUACACUAAUGUUCAUGUGAAGAUAGUAGAUGGUUUUUGUAGACAAUUCAUAUACAACCAUUUGUUUGUAGUUCCUUAAAUACUGUUUAAAAGGAAGAUAGUACAAGGACAUUUGUUUUGCCCACAAGAUGUUGAAUGACCACUGUAGAUAGCACUUGACUUUCACUGUAAAGUUUAUAAAAUCCUUGCUUAUUGUCUAUUUUAUAAUCAAUUCUAUAGCAAAACAUAGUAUACCUACCAUUACGAAUUUUUUGGCAGGUUUCUGCGCUUUUUUAAUUUUUAGAAAAUGUUUUAGUGAUUUGUGUCAAAUUGCCAUAGUUUAAAAGAUGAUGGAUUAGAUCCAGAGUUCCUGUGAACAGGAUUCGGCUCACAGGAAUUCCCUACUGGAGGAAGGGUGGUGAGGAGAUUUUCACUGAUUACUCCUUCUCCCUUAAAAGCUACUUUGGAGAAUUGGGGACCUCUCCCCUGAACAAUGUGGGAGGUGGCAUGGAGGGCUUCAGAGGGAACAGGAAUUGUCUAAAAUCACUCCCCCCUUUGUCUAGUUGGCGCCUCCACUGGAUCUCAGUCCCUUCCAUGAAUGGAAGGAGCCCUUCUGUUCAUGAAAGGGGCACUCUGGAUCCAACCUGAUGUACAACUGAAGAAAUGCCAUUUUUAAAUAUUGGUUGACUCCCUUGCUUAGGGAAUGCAUUGUGUCCAUAUAAACUUUUUUGUAUAAAAUAUAUCUAAAAUGUUGAUCAUAAAUAAAAUAUUCUUUUAUGGAUAAGUAAGUGUUUGGCCUUUUAGUGCAUUGCACUAAAAAAACUGUGAAUGGGAAAUAGACUGUAACUGUUGCUGGAAAUGUUCUGUGUUGAAUAUACUUGGUCUUGGAUAAAUGUACUUUAUUUGGAAAUAAAGCAGACUGGAAGUUA